UGCCCCCAUGCCCUACCUCAUUGGAAUACAUUUAAGUUUGAUGGAGAAAGUAAGAAGCAUGGCCCUGGAAGAUGUGGUGAUUCUUAAUGUAGACACCAACACACUGGAAACCCCUUUUGAUGACCUUCAGAGCCUUCCUAAUGAUGUGGUUUCUGUACUGAAGAACAGAUUGAAGAAGGUCUCUACAACCACUGGAGAUGGUGUUGCAAGAGCUUUUCUAAAAGCACAAGCAUCUUUCUUCGGGAGCUACAGAAACGCCCUGAAAAUUGAACCUGGUGAACCCAUCACUUUCUGUGAAGAAGCGUUCGUGUCCCAUCGUUCUGCUGUUAUGAGGCAGUUUCUUCAGAACGCCAUUCAGCUCCAGCUCUUUAAGCAGUUCAUUGAUGGCCGUCUGGAUCUUCUUAACUCUGGAGAGGGCUUCAGUGAUGUUUUUGAAGAAGAGAUAAAUAUGGGAGAAUAUGCAGGUAGUGACAAAUUGUACCACCAGUGGCUGUCUACAGUAAGGAAAGGAAGUGGAGCCAUUUUAAAUACAGUAAAGACCAAGGCUAACCCUGCCAUGAAGACUGUCUAUAAGUUUGCAAAAGAUCAUGCAAAAAUGGGAAUAAAAGAAGUGAAAAACCGCUUGAAGCAAAAGGACAUUGCUGAGAAUGGAUGUUCUGCAGCACCGGAGGAAUCUCUACCAAGGACAGCACCGUCUCCAUUGGUUGACAAGAAGGACCCUAAAUUAAGAGAGGACAGAAGACCAAUCACAGUGCAUUUUGGUCAGCAGCAAAGACUCCGUCCGCCUCGGCCGCCACCUCCAAAGAUACAGCGUUCAUCUAGGCCCGUUCGCCCGCCAAGACCGCAUGUUGUUAAGAGACCCAAGAGCAACAUUGCUGUGGAAGGACGAAGGACUUCAGUUUCUAGUCCAGAACACCUGGUAAAGCCCAUGCGACACUAUACAGUCUUCCUCUCUGAGGACUCUUCUGAUGAUUAGCAGGAAGAGGAUCCUGUCUCUGGCUUCUCUGAAAACUUUUUCUUCUCUGCUCCUUUUGAAUGGCCUCAGCCCUACCGGGCCCUGAAGGAAUCUGACAGUGCUGAUGGGGAAGAGGCAGUCAGUCCAGAAAAAUCAAAAGAUUUGCCUCCAAGCCCUCUGCUCACAAGCAAGAACACAGAAAUCAACCUCCUUGAAGACAUUUUCCCUAACCUAGAAGUAGAAACACAGCCUCAGCCUCUCAGCCAAGCUAAGAGCCUCGAAGACCUGCGGACUCCCAAAGAGGAGGGCGAUCAGCGAUGCACGUUUGAUUACCAGAGAAUGGAUCUCGGUGUGUCUGAGAGGAACAGGAUUGUGCCAGCCGUGAAGCUGUCCCACGCUUACAACAAGCUGUGGAGUAUGGGUCACGAUGACAUGGCUAUUCCUACCAAGUAUUCCCAAAGCUCCCCCGAAAGGCCCUCGACUGCACUUGUUAACAUGCCGCCGAUCACAAGGAGACCCCGGAGCAGAGACAGCAUUCUGGCUCCUGCAGAAAAGGAUGAAUCCAGUCCGGCCAUUCAAGGGAACAUCACCAUUCCUAGGCCGCAGGGAAGAAAGACUCCUGAACUGGGAAUAGUGCCGCCACCACCAGCACCCAGGGCUUCUAAGCAUCAGGCUCCAGCUGGGCCCACAGAAAUUCUCCCCACCCACGCUGCAGCACAUGGCCAUUUGGUUUCAGAUCUUAUCCCAGAGCCCUUUGGAGUUGGUAGUGUGUCCUUAGACCCUGAAAUCCAUCAGUCUGUAAAUUAUCCCUCUCAUCCAUCUCAGCUUUUGUCUGGUGCUGCCAGCACUGCUGAGAUGCUCCAGCCUGUCAAAGUGAAGACAGAUAACACAGGUAACGAAAGUGACUACCUUCUUAACCUCCUGGAUCCGUUAAAAACAGCCACCUGGCAAAGCAGUGGCCCACAGCACGGUCCCCGCAGCCUGCAAAGCUCAGCCACUCCCCCUUCUGCAGCUGGCUUUGUCUCGGGGGCAAGUGACUUUGUGCCUCCUCCAGCUGCACCGUUUGUCCAGCCGCUUGGUUACCCUUCCCCAGCACCAGCGCCGUUUCUGCAGCCAUCUCCUAAUCCAUUCACACAAACAGUGCCAGGAGCCCUUUCGGUGUCUCUAGUUAGACCCCCAAGGGGCUCUUUCACCCCCUCCUUAGGUCAUGCUUAUAGCUCGAGCUUCAUAACACCUAAUUCUAGCUUCUACCCCCCCCAAAGACCUCAGCCAAACAUUUCAACACUCUCCAUGCCAAACCUCUUCAGCCAGGCUCCAGCCGUGCCACCCGCCGGCUCCCUGUUGCUGCAGAGCCACAGCCCUUCUCCGAGCAGCUCUCUACAGCCAGGAUGUGUCAGUGGGCUUUCUAAAACCAGAACAUUACAGGUGGGCCAGUCCAGCUCAAAGGUAGAUCCCAAACAAGCACUAGCUCUCCUGUCUAACGAACCCCCUUUGAUCCCUUCCAGGCCAGCGAAGGGCUUAGAGUCAGUGUUACUGUCCUCAAAAUCUGAGGAGACAAAAGAUCCCUUUGAAGAUUUGUUAAAAAAGACAAAGCAAGACGUGUCAUCCACACCAGGUAAGGUUGAACAGCUCAGAAAGCGAUGGGAAACCUUUGAGUAA